UGGCUCACCGGGCAGCUAGCCCAGGCUCUGGGCAGAGAGAGGGAGGGAGCGCAGGCCACCACGAGACAGUGAUGGAGACCGGCAGCCCGCGGCCCCCGAGGCCCAGCCCCAGCGCAGGGCUGAGCCUGGACGCACGGCUGGGCGUGGACACGCGCCUCUGGGCCAAGGUGCUGUUCACGGCCCUCUACUCGCUCAUCUUCGCGCUGGGCACGGCGGGCAAUGCGCUGUCCGUGCACGUGGUGCUGAAGGCGCGGGCCGGGCGCCCCGGGCGCCUGCGCUACCACGUGCUCAGCCUGGCGCUGGCGGCGCUGCUGCUGCUGCUGGUCAGCGUGCCCAUGGAGCUCUACAACUUCGUGUGGUCCCACUACCCCUGGGUCUUCGGUGAUCUGGGCUGUCGCGGCUACUACUUCGUGCGUGAGCUGUGCGCCUACGCCACGGUGCUGAGCGUAGCCAGCCUGAGCGCCGAGCGCUGCCUGGCUGUGUGCCAGCCGCUGCGCGCCCGCCGCCUGCUCACCCCGCGCCGCACUCGCCGCCUGCUGUCGCUGGUCUGGGUCGCCUCGCUGGGCCUUGCCCUGCCCAUGGCGAUGAUCAUGGGAGAGAAGCACGAGGUGGAGAGUGCCCACGGGGAGCCCGAGCCCGCUUCGCGCGUGUGCACCGUACUGGUGAGCCGCGCCACACUCCAGGUCUUCAUCCAGGUGAAUGUGCUGGUAUCCUUCGUGCUCCCCUUGGCGCUCACGGCUUUCCUGAACGGGGUCACUGUCAACCACCUGAUGGCCCUCUACUCCCAGGUACCGUCAGCUUCCGCCCAGGUCAACUCUAUGCCCAGCCGCCUGGAGCUCUUGAGUGAGGAAGGCCUCCUGGGCUUCAUCGCAUGGAGAAAGACCCUGUCCCUCGGGGUCCAGGCCAGCCUGGUGAGACACAAGGAUGCCAGCCAGAUCCGCAGCCUCCAGCACAGCGCCCAGGUUCUCAGAGCCAUCGUGGCUGUGUAUGUCAUCUGCUGGCUGCCGUACCAUGCCCGCAGGCUCAUGUACUGCUACAUCCCGGAUGAUGGAUGGACUGACACACUCUAUGAUUUCUACCACUACUUCUACAUGGUGACCAACACGCUCUUCUACGUCAGCUCAGCAGUGACCCCAGUCCUCUACAACGCUGUGUCUUCCUCCUUCAGAAAGCUCUUCCUGGAAUCCCUCAGCUCCCUGUGUGGGGAACAGCCUUUACCCCAAGAAACCCCAGAGUCACCUCCUAGUACAUACAGUUCCCGUCUUUGGGGAUCGCCAAGAAACCCCAGCCUGGGCGAAAUACAAGUAUGAAGAGAACAGACAAUGGCUGCACGGGACAGGCCCAUCAGACAAGCCACGCCAUCACUAACAACCCAGGGGGACCUCCUGACCCAGUUCAGUCACUGACCAGUGCAUUCUGCAGGCAAGCCACCUAAUACCUAUCCCUCUCAGCUUCCCAACUGUGUAACGGAGUUAAAGAAUAGGAGCCAUUGCCUAGUGACAAAGGUGUCCAGUGACAGCCUGGUACACAGCCAGUGCUCAAUAAACUUAGAUUGUGUUACUUUG